AUGGACGACACAAAGACAGCAAGCGUCGCCGACGCCAAAGUCGACGAGCUAUGGGCGACGCUCGACCUGCGCAAGCAGGGCCAGCUGGAUCUUGCCGGUCUGAAGAAGGGACUGCGCAAACUGGAUCAUCCCCUGAAGAACGCAGACGAGCUCCUCAAUGAGGUCAUGAAGGCUGUAGAUGCAGAUGGCAACGGCCGAAUAACGUACAAGGAAUUCCGUACCUUUGUCGAAGAAACAGAAAAAGAGCUGCUAGCGCUCUUCCGCGGCAUCGAUAAUAACGGCGACGGCAAGCUUUCCAAAGACGAGCUCCGCAACGCACUACGAAGUGCUGGUCUUGCGGUCCCGAACAACAAGCUCGACAACUUCUUCUCCGAGGUGGACACCAACGGAGACGGGCACAUUAGUUUCGAGGAAUGGCGCGACUUCCUACUGUUCAUACCGGCCAGCGCGCCAAACCUCCACGCUGUCAUGUCGUACUUUAAUGCAACAUUGAAAGUCAACGCCGAGGGCGACGUCCUCGUGAGCGACGACACUAUACACGGAUUAGGUACUUCACAGCGUUUUCUUCAGUUCUUCCUUGGUUCCCUAUUUCUAGUCGCGAAAACGCCGCCUUAUGGCUUCACAUCGGAUCACGUCGUACCAUUAGACAUGGCGUCCGCUCCAACCUCCGCCAUCUCGCAAGCACUCCCGCCACGUUUCGACGACGGGGAGGUUGAUUCACCUCUUAUCGAGUCGCAAAGGGGGAUACUCAUGAGCUUCGGAACCAUGCUGAUUGCUUGUGUUCCCAAUCCAGGCUACUUCGUGGCGGGAGGCCUUGCAGGCAUUGUAUCUCGCACAUCGACCGCUCCCCUCGACCGAUUAAAAGUGUACCUCAUCGCGCAAACCGGCGCAAAGAAAGAAGUAUUGGCUGCCGCAAAGAAUGGUAACAUUCUGAAGGGCGUCGCACGCGCAUGGGAGCCGCUUGUCGUAGCCUUCAAGGAAUUAUGGCACGCCGGCGGCAUGCGCAGCCUUUACGCUGGAAACGGCUUGAAUGUCAUCAAGGUGAUGCCAGAGUCGGCUAUCAAAUUCGGUGCAUAUGAGGCUACAAAACGGGCCUUUGCAAAGCUCGAAGGCCAUAACGACCCGGCAAUCAUCCACUCCUGGUCCAAAUUUGCUGCUGGUGGAGUCGCAGGUAUGAUCUCGCAAUUCGCGGUCUACCCCAUCGACACCCUCAAGUUUCGAAUGCAAUGCGAGACGGUUGCCGGUGGGCUGCACGGAAACCGCCUCAUCUGGGCUACGGCCAAGAAGAUGUGGCAGAGUGGAGGCAUCGUUGCCUGCUAUCGCGGACUACCAAUGGGCCUCUUUGGAAUCUUCCCCUACGCAGCACUCGACCUGGGCACGUUUGAGUACCUCAAAGGGUAUGUCGCAGCACGCAAUGCGAAACGACUAGGAUGCCACGAGUCCGACGCCGAACCAGGAGGUUUCAUGACGGCGGCCAUCGGAGGUUUCUCUGGUGCGUUCGGAGCCAGUGCCGUAUACCCGCUCAAUGUGCUGCGGACUCGACUGCAGAGCCAGGGGACUGUCCUGCACCCCAAGACGUACACCGGAAUCGUAGACGUGACGCGGCAGACGAUCCAGGGCGAGGGCUUGCGCGGACUGUUCAGAGGCCUGACGCCUAACCUGCUCAAGGUUGUUCCAGCCGUGUCGAUCACGUAUGUGGUCUACGACAAGUCGAAGAAGAUGCUAGACUUGCCUUGA